AUGAAGACAAGUAAAUCCAUUUGGAGUGAAAAGUACUUUGUACACCAAAGAAUACACAGAGUCGAAAAACCUUUUGAAUGCUCAGAGUGUGGAAAGAGAUUCAGUUGGAGUAGCCGUUUUCAAGAGCAUCAGAGAACCCACACAGGGGAGAAACCUUUUGAAUGCUCGGAGUGUGAAAAGAGAUUCAGUAGCAGUAGCAGUCUUCGACGGCAUCAUAGAACCCACACAGGGGAAAAACCGUUUGAAUGCUCAGAGUGUGGAAAGAGAUUCAGUUGGAGUGGCAGUGUUCAACUGCAUCAGAGAACCCACACAGGAGAAAAACCUUUUGAAUGCUCAGAGUGUGGAAAGAGAUUCAGUCAGAGUGGCAAUCUUCAAGUUCAUCGAAGAACCCACACUGGGGAGAAACCUUUUGAACGCUCAGAGUGUAGAAAGAGAUUCAGUAGGAGUGGCCAUCUUCAGCAGCAUCAGAAAACCCACACAGGGGAGAAACGUUUUGAAUGCUCAGAGUGUGGAAAGAGAUUCAGUCAGAAUGGCAAUCUUCAGCAGCAUCAGAGAACCCACACAGGGGAGAAACCUUUUGAAUGCUCAGAGUGUGGAAAGAGAUUCAGUCAUGGUGGCACUCUACAGAAUCACCAUAGAUCCCACACAGGGGAGAAACCUUUUGAAUGCUCAGAGUGUGGAGAGAGAUUCAGUCGGAGUGGCAAUCUUCACCAGCAUCAGAAAACCCACACAGGGGAGAAACCUUUUGAAUGCUCAGAGUGUGGAAAGAGAUUCAGUAGGAGUGGUAGUCUUCAAUGGCAUCGGAGUGCCCACACAUGGGAGAAACCUUCUGAAUGCUCAGAGUGUGGAAAGAGAUUCAGUAGGAGUGGUAGUCUUCAAUGGCAUCGGAGUGCCCACACAUGGGAGAAACCUUCUGAAUGCUCAGAGUGUGGAAAGAGAUUCAGUAAGAGUGGUAGUCUUCAACGGCAUCAGAGAACCCACACAGGGAAGUGGCUGCAGACGCAAGAAAAAGGCUUCCUGCCCUUCCACCAGAGCAGCCCCCACCAGGGACUGGACUUCGCCACUAGCAGGGUCUUCUCUAAACAGCAUCAAAAAACCCACAGAAGGAACAAAUCUUUUCAAUGCUCAGAGUGUGGACAGAAAUUCAGUCGGAGUGACCGUCUUCGAUCUCAUCAAAGAACCCACACAGGGGAAAAACCUUUUGAAUGCUCAGAGUGUGGAAAGAGAUUCAGUCGAAGUGACAGUCUUCUAUAUCAUCAAAGAACCCACACAGGGGAGAAACCUUUUGAAUGCUCAGAGUGUGGAAAGAGAUUCAUUGAGAGUGGCAAUCUUCGAUAUCAUCAAAGAAUCCACACAGGGGAGAAACCUUUUGAAUGCUCAGAGUGUGGAAAGAGAUUCAGUGGGAGUGGCAAUCUUCAGAAGCAUCAAAGAACCCACACAGGGGAGAAACCUUUUGAAUGCUCAAAGUGUGGAAACAGAUUCAGAGACAGUGGUGGUCUUCAGAACCAUCAAAUAAUCCACACAGGGGAGAAACCUUUUGAAUGCUCAGAGUGUGGAAAGAGAUUCAGUCAGAGAGGCAAUCUUCGAUAUCAUCAAAGAACCCACACAGGGGAGAAACCUUUUGAAUGCUCAGAGUGUGGAAAGGGAUUCAGAGACAGUGGUAGUCUUCAGAACCAUCAAAGAACCCACACAGGGGAGAAACCUUUUGGAUGCUCAGAGUGCGGAAAGAGAUUCAGUCGGAGUGGCAAUCUUCGAUAUCAUGAAAGAACCCACACAGCAGAGAAACCUUUCGAAUGUUCACAGUGUGGAAAGAGAUUCCGUGAGAGUGGUAGUCUUCAGAGGCACCAAAGAACCCACACAGGGGAGAAACCGUUUGAAUGCUCAGAGUGUGGAAAGAGAUUCAGUACCAGUGGAAAUCUUCAGAAGCACCGAAGAACCCACACAGGUGAGAAACCUUUUGAAUGCUCAGUGUGUGGAAAGAGAUUCAAUCAGAGUGGCAAUCUUCAUAAGCACCGAAGAACCCACACAGGUGAGAAACCUUUUGAAUGCUCAGUGUGUGGAAAGAGAUUCAAUCAGAGUGGCAAUCUUCAUAAGCACCGAAGAACCCACACAGGUGAGAAACCUUUUGAAUGCUCAGUGUGUGGAAAGAGAUUCAAUCAGAGUGGCAAUCUUCAUAAGCACCGAAGAACCCACACAGGUGAGAAACCUUUUGAAUGCUCAGUGUGUGGAAAGAGAUUCAAUCAGAGUGGCAAUCUUCAUAAGCACCGAAGAACCCACACAGGUGAGAAACCUUUUGAAUGCUCAGUGUGUGGAAAGAGAUUCAAUCAGAGUGGCAAUCUUCAUAAGCACCGAAGAACCCACACAGGUGAGAAACCUUUUGAAUGCUCAGUGUGUGGAAAGAGAUUCAAUCAGAGUGGCAAUCUUCAUAAGCACCGAAGAACCCACACAGGUGAGAAACCUUUUGAAUGCUCAGUGUGUGGAAAGAGAUUCAAUCAGAGUGGCAAUCUUCAACUGCACCAAAGUACCCAUACAGAGGAGAAACUUUUUGAAUGCUCAGAGUGUGGAAUGAAAUUCAGGCUGAGGGGGAAUCUUAAACGGCAUCAAAGAACCCACACGGGGGAGAAACCUUUUGAAUGUUCAGAGUGUGGAAAGAGAUUCAGUAGGAGUGGCCAUCUUCCACAGCAUCGGAGAAGCCACACAGGGGAGAAACCUUUUGAAUGCUUAGAAUGUGGAAACAGAUUCAGUGAGAGUAGUAGUCUUCAGAGGCACCAAAGAACCCACACAGGGGAGAAACCUUUUGAAUGCUCAGAGUGCGGAAGGAGAUUCAGAGACAGUGGUAGUCUUCAGAAGCAUCAAAGAACCCACACAGGGGAGAAACCUUUUCAGUGCUCAGAGUGUGGAAAGAGAUUCAGUAGGAGUGGCCAUCUUUUACAGCAUCGGAGAAGCCACACAGGGGAGAAACCUUUCGAAUGCUUAGAGUGUGGAAAGAGAUUCAAUUUGAAGGGGAAUCUUAAACAGCAUCAGAGAACCCACACAGGGGAAAAAACAUACAUUUGUUCUUACUGCGGGCAAGCCUUUCGAGGGACUUCGACCUUCAUGGUGCAUGAGAGGACUCAUAUAGGAGAGCAAGUAUAUAAGUGCUCGCAGUGUGGGAGAACGUAUCCUUGUCUUUCUGACUUCCACAUACACCUGAAGAGCCACGCGGGAGAGAAGCCCCAUCGACGUCCCUCGGAUGGUGUCGAAGGCUCCAGUCGGAAUGCGCCCCUGCCCCAAGGACCCUCUGUGGCGGAGAAGGCGCAAGUUGGCUUGAGCAUUUCCGGUUCACUGGGGGCACUGAGGGCGGCGGUGGUGUUCGGGCGCGGGUCCCCUCCCCUCCCAGGACUUGGCCCAGCAGGCGGCGGCUUGACUCCCCGCAGCGCCGCGCCCUCCUCCUCCUCCUGUAGCCCCGGCAGCGGCGGCGGCGCUGUGAACUCCGACUACGGUGUGGCUCCGGAGGGGGAGGGGGUCGCGCCCCUCCCGGGCGGGCGAGCGCAGAUGCCAACUUCCCGGCAGGAGACUGGCGCACUUUUGCUUUCCGCCUUGCUGCCCACCCCUGAGAGGCGCACAGGAAGGGGGAAGCACGCCAGUCUUGGGUCCUUCGCCAGGCAGGCAGGUGUGGGCCCGGAAGCGCAGGAGGCCGCGCGGGGCUGGUUCUGGUGGCGAGCGAGGGCCCGGGGGGUGGAGGCGUGGCCUCCCUCCGGGCAGCGCAGGAGGAGCAGCAAGAGCGGCGCAGCCAGGAGCAUCUCCCACGCAGCGCAGAACCCCUCGCCCGUCCACAACACAGGACCCCUCGCCGCCGAAGGGGCGCACGAGCUGACCUUGGCUGCCGCCUCCCUGCGCGGUUCCUCCUCCUCCUCCGGGGGCAGCGCGCGGGUCUCAGGCGGCCCCAACCCAGGCCAAAAGCAA